AUGCCGGGCUAUGCUUAUGUAACAAGGAGAGCUGUCGUCAUGCCGACGCGCAAAAGACGCAACUUCUCCGCGGGCGACAGGCAGACCGAGGCCACCCACCAUUUAAUACCAUUUGAAGCGUCUCAGCCAGUUGCUCGCCAUCGGCGCUCAUCAGCGAACACACAGACGAGCACAGGAAUAAAGGCAACAAAGGCAAAUUGCAUCAACAAAAUGUUACAGUGGAUGGGAGGCUCACGGAGGAAGGUGAAUACUUCCAGGAAGUCAAUGCAUAAUAAGCAAAAACAUUACUUUGAACAAAGGAAACGUCAACAGCAGACAACUGGACUGGAUAAUCAUAUUCAUGACAGUAGCAAGCGAGCACACUAUCCUGAGGAACCUCGAUCACUUGAUAUACUAAGCUUUCUAAACUUGGCAACAGUUGCUCAACAAGGUUACUCAAGUCACAAUUCUUGUUUUCAACAAGAGAUUUUGUUACCAGAUAAGUGUUCUGCAGCCAUCACUGAAAAUGCUUCAGCAACUCAAAGCCUUAGCAACAAAGUGGAAGGCUAUAAGACAUCGGCAUCUUCCUGUAAAUUUAGUCCCAUUUCUACUCAUUUGAAAUCAGAGGAAAAACAGGAGGAUAUCCAGGAUGAGGUCUCAGUCCUUGAUCUACUCAAUGAUGACAACAAAAAAAUUGACUGCAGAGGAAGAGUAGUUCCUGAAAGUCAUGUUGCCUUUUCAGUGGGAGGUCUUGGUAAUGUUGGGAUGGAAACUCCUGCUCACUCACCAAGAACACAAAUAAGGAGUUUCGUUUCACCUCUAAGGAUGUCAAAGCAAGUACAAAAUUCGGCAAAUCUUAGGUCCAUGUCUUAUGAUCUUGGGAUAGAACUGAGUGCAGCUAUGUGUGAUACUGAGAAGCCAAUACAUGGGCAUUCUGCUGGAGUAGCUUGCAAACAAAAGGGUACUUUUGAAAAGGAGAAUAGGACAAGUAUGAAGUUUAUUGACUCGUGUAUCUACUCAGAUGUGCUUGAUGAUCUAUCUGAUUGCUUUGGUAGUGGCAAUGAAAAUUUUCAAGAAUGUCGAAAUGAACUAUGGGAAUGUAAGUUCUUCCUUAAGUUAAAGAUUGGAUCCUUUAUGGACAGUCUGUUUGAUCUACCUUCUUGGUCUUUCUCACAAAAAGAAGACUUGCGGGACAUCAUAAGUUCAUCAAGCGAGGAGUCCUGCUCAUCUACUGCAGUGGGGAAAGGUAAAAGUUAUGACAUACUGUCACACUUAACACAAUUGAAAGAAAGCAAGAAAAUCCAUUCAGAUGAUCUGGAUAUAAGCUUAGUGAAUCUGAAAGGACGCAAGAAAAACCACAUGGAUGAGCUGGAUAUGAACAUAGACGUAUCAUCUCCAGUUCAGAGAAUUCCAGAUCCUGACUGCAUUUUCCCCUUCAAGGAGGACUUUCCUUCAGGUAAAUUGGCUUCUGAUUCUGUUUUCUGGUUCCAAAAGUUUGACAGGAAAGUAAAAUGUUAUCUGAUCACAACUUAUUGCUUGAAUCUAAUAUUUAAUCUGCUUGCUGCUCCAGUACUGAGUCCCAGGACAGACUUCACACGGGGAAGAUCUAAAUCAAACAUACCUGUUGACCAUGAAAGUUUUUAUGACUUCAACUUUGAGAACAAUAUAUCAGGAGAGCUAUCAGGUUUUGCCUUUCGGCCCCAGAAGCCUCACGCACAUACCCAGAUGUCAGAAGGUUGUUUACCAUAUUCAUUUUCUGCUGGGGACAGUCAACAUGACACUCAAUUGUCUGAUUCAAUGAGGCAAAGGAAUGCUAGCAAGACCAGUGGAGAAUCAGAAGGAAUUUCAAUAAAUCUAGAAAACAAGAUCCUUAGUGAAAAAUCUUUGUAUUCACUAAGCGAAAGAAAGAAUAACAAUGAGGCACCAAGUGAACGUCUAGAACUGAACAAGAGGAAAGCAUCAUCCUGCAGCUCCAAGGCCUAUGAUCCUCCUGAAGAAGCUGAGGUUCCAUGGAAAACCAAGGAAGUUUCUGAACUUCAGACUUACAUUAAUGACAAAGUUUCUCUGGAUCCUUCAGAUAUCAGAAACAAAGAGUCUCUUAAAGAAAAUUUGGGAUCCGAAGUGACAUUGUUGGAAGCAUUCCAGGUGGUCUCUGAUAUGUCUUACCAAGUUCUGCUAGAAAGAUAUGUUCUUCAACUUCUCUGUGUACAAAAGGUGCUUCUUGAAGCUUGACAAAGUAAUACUGGGAUGCAGUGAAGAAUAAUUUUCAUUCCCCAGAUCAAGUAAACUGACCCCUGUAUGAUAGGAUUGGAUAUAACCGAAAAAAAAUGUACUUUUUCUGUAAUUGAGGGCAAGGAUCUCUCUGAACAACAAGGAGCAGAGACAGCAGUGAAGUUUAAUAGUUUUACA